GCUCGAAGACAUCGCAAACUUUGCGAGCUCGCACAGCCCAUCUAUCAUCGCAGACGAAGCUAUCGCCGCGAAUGCUAGCCGUACCAGCGAACUAGGUCCCUUGCAAAUUUGAGUGCAAACCGAGCCGUCGCCGCGGAGUUUGACAGCCGCGACCCUCAGACACCACUCUCACGCCACCGCCGCGAGCGCUACAAACAUGUCCGACGAAGCCGGCCCACCAACAAAUACACCAGACUGGGAGGAGCUCCAGCAGGGCGUAAGGAAAUGCAUUACAAAAGAAGGCACGAACCCCAAGGUCUACGCCGCGCCGGGCAUGGAGGUCUGCGUCCACUACACGGGCACGUUACCUGGCAGUACGGAACCGUUCGACUGCUCUCGCAAAAGGGGCCAGCCCUUUACGUUCGAGCUGGGCGCCGGGUCGGUGAUCACGGGCUGGGACGCGGCUUUUGAGAAGAUAGCCGUUGGGGAGCGAGCUUUGUUAGAAAUCGAGUCGGAGUGGGCCUACGGCAAGGAGGGCCACCCGCCCACCAUACCGCCCGAUGCUACCUUACAUUUUGAUGUGGAGUUACUCAGUUGUGGCGAGAAAAAAAAAGAGUUAAAUAUGAUGACUUCGGAAGAAAAACUCGCGGAAGCUUCCAAGCAGAAGCAAGCAGGUUUGGAUGCUUAUGGCAAGAAGGACUGGGCGGAAGCGCGUUCUCUAUUCGCCGAGGCCAUCUUCUACUGCGACGCGGCCUACUACUCGCGCGAGAACAAGGCGAUGCCUACUGAUGUGGGGAAUAUCUACCUCAGUGCGCAUCUGAACGCGUCGCAGUGCGCGUUGAACGAGAAGGACUGGCCCGGGGCCUGUGCUUAUGCUACAAGAGCUAUAAAAUGUGUCCCGGACUCUGUCAAAGGUUUAUACAGGCGAGGCGUGGCGCGGACGCACAUGGGGCUGCUGGAGGAGGCUAGGGAAGAUCUAAAACAAGCGAACACGCUGGACCCCAAAAACAAGGCCGUGCGAAGCGCCUGGAGCGAUUUACGGAAGAAAUUCGCCGAACAGUCGAAGCAACAGAAGAAAGCCUUCGGAGGCACUUUUGACAAGGCCUCAUUGUUCAAGGAUAAACCGAGUUCCAUGCCUCCCUCUACUACUGAGAACCCCUACGCUUAUUUGAGGAUCAGGGCGACGCCCCGCGGUAGUAGCGAAGAGCAACCGUUCGAUGGUACCAUUGUGCUCCGGGUCUUCGCCGACGCGUGCCCUCGGACAUCGAAGAACUUUUUAGCGCUAUGUAAAGGCGGCAAGAAAGGAAGGGACUUAGGCAGUGCGUUGCACUACAAGGGCACGCCCAUCCAUAGAAUAGCCAAGGACUUCAUGAUUCAGGGCGGUGACGUGCACCGACGAGAUGGAUCUUCCGGAGAAUCGAUCUAUGGGCGAACUUUCGCCGAUGAGCACUUCAAGCUCAAGUUCGACAAGCCCGGGCGGCUGGCGAUGGCGAACCGCGGCAAGGACUGCAACCAUUCCCAGUUUUUUAUUACCUGUGCCGAGGCGACGCAUUGUAAUGAUUCCUACGUGGUCUUCGGCGAGGUCGUGUCGGGGCUGGAAUUCGUUGGUAGGGUGGCUUCCUUGGACGUCGACGACAAGGACGCGCCGUCUUCAUACGCGGUGGAGAUUGCGGACUGCGGGCUUUUGUCUAGGGAGGAGGGGGAGAAAGCUUUAGCUGAGGAGGCGGACCGGGCGGCCCAAGCGUCGAAAGCUGCUGGGGCGCCCGAGGCGAAGGUGGCGGUCGCCGAGUAAGCACCAUAUAUUG